GGCCGGGUAGUGCAGGGAGCGCUGAGCCGCGGACGGCGGGGAGGGGCGGAGCGCAGGAGGCGGAGGCGGGAGCAGAGCUGCUCAGCCGUGCGCGGAGACUCGCGGAGCCAGCGGGCCGAGCUUGACGGGCCCCUCACUGCUUCCUCUCCCCUCCCUGCCGCUGUCCUGCUCCUUCUCCUCGGGACGCGGCUGGCCUCCGUGUGGCGCCACCGUGCCGCCAGCAGCGCCCGUUCUCCCGAGGCGCGUGGGGCGCCCCCGCAGCCCCGCGAAUGCUGCUGCUAGGGGUGGUGGGAGCAGCCGUGGGACGCGUGGCCGGGAGCGGGGGUGACAGCCUGGGAUUCCGGGGUCUUCUCUUCCUUGUCCUCCUCCUCUCCUCUCUAUUCCCAGUGUGGCCGUGGCUGACACUAAAGACUUUGUAGCCAUCAACCAGAGUGCAGUUUCGAUGGAAAAUGAAGGUUGCACGAUUUCAAAAGAUCCCUAAUGUUGAAAAUGAGACAAUGAUCCCUGUACUGACGUCAAAGAGAGCAAGUGAGUUAGCAGUCAGUGAGGUCGCAGGCCUUCUCCAGGCUGAUCUUCAGAAUGGCUUAAAUCAAUCUGAAGUUAGUCACAGGCGAGCCUUCCAUGGUUGGAAUGAGUUUGACAUCAGUGAAGACGAACCUUUAUGGAAGAAGUACAUUUCCCAGUUUAAAAACCCACUUAUCAUGCUACUCCUGGCAUCCGCAGUCAUCAGCGUUUUAAUGCGCCAGUUUGACGAUGCCGUCAGUAUCACUGUGGCGAUCCUCAUUGUCGUCACUGUGGCCUUUGUUCAGGAAUAUCGUUCAGAAAAAUCUCUAGAAGAAUUGAGUAAACUUGUGCCACCAGAAUGCCAUUGUGUGCGUGAAGGAAAAUUGGAGCAUACACUUGCCCGAGACUUGGUUCCAGGUGACACAGUUUGUCUCUCUGUGGGGGACAGAGUUCCUGCAGACUUACGCUUAUUUGAGGCUGUGGAUCUUUCCAUUGAUGAGUCUAGCCUGACGGGAGAGACAGCUCCGUGUUCUAAGGUGACGGCUCCUCAGCCAGCUGCUACUAAUGGAGAUCUUGCAUCGAGGAGUAACAUCGCCUUCAUGGGGACACUGGUUCGAUGUGGCAAAGCAAAGGGUAUUGUCAUUGGAACAGGAGAAAAUUCUGAAUUUGGAGAGGUCUUUAAGAUGAUGCAGGCAGAAGAAGCACCAAAAACCCCUCUGCAGAAGAGCAUGGACCUCUUAGGCAAACAGCUGUCUUUUUACUCCUUUGGUAUAAUAGGGAUCAUCAUGUUGGUCGGCUGGCUACUAGGAAAAGACAUUCUGGAAAUGUUCACUAUUAGUGUCAGUUUGGCUGUAGCUGCAAUUCCUGAAGGUCUGCCUAUUGUGGUCACAGUGACUCUAGCCCUCGGUGUUAUGAGAAUGGUGAAGAAAAGGGCUAUUGUAAAGAAAUUGCCUAUUGUUGAAACACUGGGCUGCUGUAAUGUGAUUUGCUCAGAUAAAACUGGAACCCUGACGAAGAACGAGAUGACUGUCACUCACAUCCUCACGUCAGACGGCCUGCAUGCUGAGGUCACUGGAGUUGGCUAUAAUCAGUUUGGCGAAGUGAUUGUUGAUGGUGAUGUUGUUCAUGGAUUCUAUAACCCAGCUGUUAGCAGAAUUGUUGAGGCGGGCUGUGUGUGCAAUGAUGCUGUAAUCAGGAACAACACUCUGAUGGGAAAGCCCACUGAGGGAGCGCUGAUCGCUCUGGCAAUGAAGAUGGGUCUUGAUGGACUGCAGCAAGACUAUAUCAGAAAAGCUGAAUACCCUUUUAGUUCUGAGCAAAAGUGGAUGGCUGUUAAGUGUGUGCACCGAACACAGCAGGACAGACCAGAGAUUUGUUUUAUGAAGGGUGCUUAUGAGCAGGUGAUUAAGUAUUGCACCACAUACAACAGCAAAGGGCAGACUUUGGCACUUACCCAGCAGCAGCGAGACUUGUAUCAACAAGAGAAGGCACGGAUGGGCUCCGCGGGACUCAGAGUUCUUGCCUUGGCGUCUGGUCCGGACCUGGGGCAGCUGACCUUCCUGGGCCUGGUGGGAAUCAUUGACCCGCCUAGAACUGGUGUGAAAGAAGCUGUCACAACACUCAUUGCCUCCGGAGUCUCCAUCAAAAUGAUCACCGGAGAUUCUCAGGAGACUGCAAUUGCAAUCGCAAGCCGUCUGGGAUUAUAUUCUAAAACAUCGCAGUCCGUGUCUGGAGAGGAGGUGGAUACAAUGGAGGUCCAGCACCUUUCCCAGAUAGUGCCAAAGGUUGCAGUAUUUUACAGAGCAAGCCCAAGACACAAGAUGAAAAUUAUUAAGUCUCUACAGAAGAAUGGGUCAGUUGUAGCCAUGACAGGAGAUGGGGUAAAUGACGCAGUUGCUCUGAAGGCUGCAGACAUUGGCGUUGCGAUGGGCCAGACUGGCACAGAUGUUUGCAAAGAGGCUGCAGACAUGAUCUUGGUGGAUGAUGACUUCCAGACCAUAAUGUCUGCAAUAGAAGAGGGUAAAGGCAUUUAUAAUAACAUUAAAAAUUUCGUUAGAUUUCAAUUGAGCACGAGUAUAGCAGCAUUAACUUUAAUCUCACUGGCUACGUUAAUGAACUUUCCUAACCCUCUCAAUGCAAUGCAGAUUUUGUGGAUCAAUAUUAUAAUGGAUGGACCCCCAGCUCAGAGCCUUGGAGUAGAGCCCGUGGAUAAAGAUGUCAUUCGAAAACCUCCUCGGAACUGGAAGGACAGCAUUUUGACAAAAAACUUGAUACUUAAAAUACUUGUUUCAUCAAUAAUCAUUGUUUGUGGGACUUUGUUUGUCUUCUGGCGAGAGCUUCGAGACAAUGUGAUAACGCCCCGAGACACAACCAUGACUUUCACUUGCUUUGUGUUUUUUGACAUGUUCAAUGCACUGAGUUCCAGGUCUCAGACCAAAUCUGUGUUUGAGAUUGGACUCUGCAGUAAUAAGAUGUUCUGCUAUGCAGUGCUGGGAUCCAUCAUGGGACAGUUGCUUGUUAUUUAUUUCCCUCCUCUUCAGAAGGUUUUUCAGACCGAGAGCCUAAGUAUACUGGAUCUGUUGUUUCUUUUGGGCCUUACCUCAUCAGUGUGCAUUGUGUCUGAAAUUAUAAAGAAGGUUGAAAGGAGCAGGGAGAAGACCCAGAAGAAUGCUAGUUCAACAUCAUCGUCGUUUCUUGAAGUAUGAUGCAUAUUGCAUUUUUUUUAAUUUGCAACCUAGGAAUUGCAGUCCGAGAAUCAUUUAGAAGGGCAAGUUCAAGAUGAUAAUGAAGAUUUAAGGACUUUUUAACUUUCCAUUGACUAAAAAUGACCAUUAAUGUUAAAGACUUGAUUUGAACCCUGUUGGUAGUCCCAAAUGAAAUUAUGCAACUUUGAAUAACACGUUCCUUGAUUUGAAUUGGCUUUGCAAUCGAGUGGAACUUCAUAUGGGCAAGUACUGAAUUAAAAAAUACAAAAGGCAAAACCUGAACCACCUUCUGCACUUAAAGAAUUCUAAUGUACAAAUACACUAUCUGUCUUAGAUGGAUAUAAAUAUUUUUUUUAUUUUUAAAUAUUGUACUAUUUAUGGUUGUGGGGCUUUCUUACUAAUACACAAAUAAACUCAAUCAUUUAAAGGCAUUCUCUUUGGUCUAGAAAUAGCCAGGAGUGCCGUACUUCAGCUCCCAGGCUUCCUUAUUCCCGCAGUGUAAGCAUUGUGCUGCCAUUUUAUAGUUCAAGUUGGUUUUUCUUUUUGCACAGGAUGUGACCACUGUCUAAUCACUGUUCUUUUCUUUCUUUUUGUGACUGAAAAGCAUAUACUACAAUUGAAGUAAAUGUUUGCUCUUAGUAAGUGUAAAUGGUUGUUGCUGGAUUUUUGUAGUUGUUUUGUUUUUCAUAGAGGUAUGGCUUUGACCUAGCGAAUUAGUUCAGGGCUGUUAUUGGCAUUACAGUUAGAGUGAUUGUACUUAACACACAGUCAUCGAUUCAAAAACAAUUAAGGCUUGGUUGGAAUUUAAAACAGAUUAUAUUAGCGUGUCCAUGUUUAGUUUAAUACAGUUCUGCUUUGUCAGAAUCAUUGUCAUUUCUUCUUUAUAAAUCAAACACUUCAGCUGAAUAAUCUUUAUUACUAUUUCAUAUUUGUAUUUUUAAGUCUGUUUCUUAGAGAGUAUAGACUAGUAUACUUAUAAAUUAGAAAGUCCCAAACUCAGAGAGAGACCAUAUGAUCCAGGGUGCACAUCGGAAGACCCUGGCUGGCCUUGCUCCUCCAGAUCCCCUCGGCAGCUGCUGUGGCCUAGAUCGUAGCACAGCCCUGAGUCUGUCCCUUCUGCCACAUGCCGUGCUGUCUUCUGUGUCACUCAGUGUGCUUGGGGACAGAUGGGUUGCCUUUGUGUAGCACCAUCAGCUUUUAUAAAAGCUUGACAAAGUAAAGGUAAGUGUUGAGUUUUGUAUUUUAUAACCUGUCAGAAUUAACUGUUCCUAAGCUUGUUCAAUAUUACUGGUGAAUGUUAACACUGAUGCUGUCAUCGAUAGGAGAAUUGUGUUGUUUUGAGUCGUACUACUGAAGCAUGAGCAUACGGAGCCGGAUGUCUGCACUGUGUCUUCUCUUUCAGGCUCAACUGUUGAGUGUACGUUGUUCUGUCUGAUUAGGUGGGAUGGGAAAUCAUUGUCUAACCAACUCUUAGAGGUUUGAUGUCUCAUAGCAAAAUUUUAUAAUGGUUUUUUAUAUUCUGUUCCAGACUUGAAAACUACAUAUUAAGUGCAUAUUCAGUCUUGUUUGUUUUACAUUGAGGUUGAGAAUAUGACUCAUGAAAUGAAUGUGCCUCUCUUUUCACUUGGUAUUGAACUAUAAAAAUAAAAGGAGUUUUUCAUAAGUUCA